AUGUUUCGCAGGAACAACAGCUCUGUCGGCAGCAAGAGCAUCAGCGCGUCGGCCUCGACCGCGUCGGACUCGCGCGUCUAUGCCGACCAAGUCUCGCGGCAGUACGAAGUGCCGCGCGCCAUGACGAACGCGCGCGUGAAGGAGCUCGCGGCCCUGGGCGAGCGCCGCGUGAAUCAGCUCAUCCGGUGGGUCACGGACGACGACCAGGGCGUCGAGGGGUCGGCCGCCGCGGGCGCUGUCUUGCGGCAGCAGAAGGAGAACUUUACCGUCUACGAGAUGCACGACGUCCGCGACGAGCUGCUCGUCAUGAAGGGCGUCGUGCGGCUCCAGAACACCACGUGCGACGAGGUCCUGGCGCUGCUCUCGGGCCGCACGGCCGCCGAAGUGGACGCGUUCUUGCAGGACUUGCUGGGCGCCCAGUACGCCGCUGGACAGGCGCUUCACUACACGGAAGUCAGUCUGGACGCCGGCAACGCGCCCGAGCCGACGCCCGAGCUCCAGACGCCCACGACGGCGCUGCAGAGUCCACGCGGGACGCGGCCGUCGACGUCGUCGCUCAUGGUCCAGUGGCUCGCGCUCAACGACGUGCACCCGCAAGCGCCGCUGCGCGAGUUCUUCUUCAUGCGGUUCAACCAGACGUUCUGCAACGGCAAUGGCGGGACGAACGCGCUGGGCGGCGGCGCGUCGUACGGCGUCUCGGUGAUGGAGUCGCUCGAGCUGCCGCGAUGCGGUCCGAUCUUUUCCCAGACGCACAUGCAGCGCCAUCCGCUGCGCAAGUGCGGUUUUGUCGUCGAGGCGUCGGAAGACAAGAGCUCGACGACAACGCGCGUGUCGUUCUUCGUGACGGCACCGUAUCGUACGCCGUCGCUGGAGCAGGACCGUGCAUGGCUACUGCGACUCGCUGGAUGCGUGCGGCUCGUGCCCAGUGCACUGGUGAACCGUCGGAUCCGGCGCAAUCAGCUGCGGGACCGUCGGAGCUGGCACUUUCGCGACACGUGCUCGGUCUGUGCCGGGAGCUUCUCCACGUUCACACGCCGCGCGCAUCACUGCCGCAUUUGCGGCUCGGCGGUCUGUUCGAAGUGCUCAGCAAUACGGAAAGAUGUCCAGCGGCCCAAGUUUUCAGGUAGUACGCGGGUAUGUAUGGCGUGCCUGAAUGGCGACCAGAACGGACCGAACGGAGCGUCGAGCGCCAGCUACGACACUCGCAGUGGCGUCAGCCGAUCAAGUGCUAGUGACGGCGCGUCGAGUCGUGGGAGCGAAAUCGAGUGCUUUGGCAGCUCGGCGCACGUGACAUUGGAGGAAGCGCUGGCUGGGUUCUCAUUGGAGCCCACUCUCGCGACCAGCAUGGCCACAAGUCCGAGCAGCACAUCCAGCAGCGGUGUGAGCCAACGUGGGGAGGAUGACGGCGACGUGUUUGCGAACUCGCCGUAUGACUACGAGUUGACGUUUGCAAAGGGCAAUUCAUGGCCCGACGCUCCAUUGACGUCAACGGAGAAGGAGCGCGUCCAGAUCAUUCAGCGGCUGAACCUGUCGCAGGAGUUUGCCAACACUGUUCUCCGUGAGCUCGUCGACUUGGCGUGCACGACCAUCAACUGUCCAGUGGCAGCUCUUUCUGUGUUGACGAAAGCAACGAGCUUGUUCGUGACCACGAUCGGGCUGGUGGGCGACCAGAUACCGCGUGACAUCAGCUUUGAUGCCCAUACGAUCAUGUCGUACGAGCCUCUGGUGGUUCUGGAUUGCCGGAAGGACAUUCGCUUUGCAAAGAACCCAGUGGCGCUAUCGGUGCGCGUGCAGUUCUUUGUGGGAAUCCCGAUGAUUGCAAAGGAUUCGGGGGUAAUUUUAGGCGCUUUGUGCGUGGCGGACACGAAAGCUCGCAAGAAAGUCAAGGGCUCGGACCUGCGUGCACUGCAGCUCAUUGCGUCGCGCAUAAUGGACAAGAUGGAUGCACAAAACAACGAAGUGACCGAGAAGAUGGCGGACGGUGUGAAGCUCUUGUAG